UGCUUUGCUUUCGGUUUUCGCCGUAAACCUGACUAGUGUGACCUGCAGGCUCCUGCUUUUGGCAAAAAGAAGACGACGACCACGCUUUCCCUGGUCGACGCACAAAAAGCGGGGAGACAGCGCCCAAACGCUUGCCGUGGCUCUAUCAACAAUUUCUCCUUGCAUGUGGUCGAAUUAAGAAGCAAAGCUUUAGACGUCCUUCAUAAAUUUCAAGUGCAGAGUGUGGGUGUAGCAAGUGGCAUAAACUGAAGGCAAGAGGCAUUCUAUGUGUCAUAAAAUAUGAAAGUCUCGGUUGAGGCAUAUCAUCUGCAUUCUUAUUUGCGUUUGCUCUACUCUAUAUAUGGGCUGCUACUGUGGCAUUAAGAAGGAAGAUGGGAUUUUUGGUGGAAUCUGAAGACAAAAUCGCUUGAUAAUUGUGUUGCUGAAUUUUGAGGCUGAGCCUCCUCAUGGACCUUCAAUGUUGUGAUACCGGUAUGUGCUUGAGCGAGGGUGAGGCUUCAUCUGGAAAGGGACAAGUGAAGUAGACUUCGUGUGGCCAAGCUGUGGCCAGUGUAAAAUUUGAGAUAUGGUCAAAGGUAAAAGACCCAUUGUUGAUGAUCAGAGUUGAAAGGUAGUGCUAUUGUUAUACUGUGUAUUGUGUUUACUUGAUGGAAGGGAUCUAAGAAGCAAAUUUAACUUGUGAUUUGUUUAUGAGUUUUGUCACCCUAUCUUGGAUGGUGUAGCGAAUCUACAGUUUUGCUUCCAUAUCGCACUAAUUGGUAGUAUACUGGUGUUGAAUUAAUGUUGGAACUAAUGUAAAGUGGUAGGAUUAUACUGAAUGAGUGAAUGGUAUGCAUUAUGGAGGUUUUCUGUAUUCAUCAUAGGUUUAGAAUUUGAGAGUUGUGGUCGAUGGUCUAACAAUUGAAGGUGAACAUUUAUUAUAGUUGAAUACGUUCUUAAUUUAAUAAGGUCUUGUAUUGAGGCCAAAUAACUUAGUCAAAAUUUUGCAAAUAAGUGAUUGGUUUUGGUUGCAAAGGUUUGGGUAUAAGAUACCGGUUUGCCCCUUGUUCUGGAUCAGAACAAACUUUCACCACAACUUAGUUGAAGUCCCUCGACAACAAAAUUCCUUGAAUGGCAUCAGAGCAUGGUUAAGAAUAUUUUUUUUUUUAAGAUUUAUUAGAAGGGUAAAAAAAAAACGUAAAUUACAAUUUGUGGAGUUUAGGUGCCUAAUUAGUUAUUAAAAAACAAAAUAUUUAAAAUUUAAAUAAAAAGGGUUAUUCCUUUGAUGCAGUAACCUGAGUUAUAAAUGGAGUAUACUUCACAAUCCAUGAAAAUGCAAACUUAAGGUUAGUGAUAUUGUACAAAUUUUCUUGGCAGUAUGUCACAAGUUGGUAAAUUGAGAUUUUAUUUUAAUAUUUUAGAUGCAUUUAUAUUUCAUCAUGCCUGUCUCUUUUGUUGCUAGAUGCUUUCAAGUCUCAGAGUGAGUUUAUCAAUUUCUCAACGAUUUGAAAUUUGUGGGUGUGGUGAUGGAGAACCCAAACCCACAUAUUGCUGCUUCCCGUUCAGAUUUCUAUGUCUAUCUCCUCCAAGCAGGCAUCAAAUCCAGAGACCUCUUCAUUGGAAGAUUAGUUCAUGCUCGAGUCAUCAAAGAAGGGCUUUACCUUGGCAUCUUCUUGAUGAACAAUCUUGUUAACUUCUAUGCCAAAACUGGGUCUGUCUCUGAUGCUCACCUUCUGUUCAAUGAAAUGUCAGUGAAGAGUACAUUCUCUUGGAAUACAAUUCUCUCAGCAUUAGUCAAAGGAGGCAACAUAGAAGCUGCACAUCAUGUUUUUGAUGAAAUUCCUAACCGUGAUUCUGUUUCAUGGACUACCAUGAUAGUGGGUUUUAACCGGAUGGGUCUUUUUAAUAACGCAAUUCAGCUGUUUCUGAGGAUGAUUUCAGAUAGAAUUUUGCCAACUCAGUUCACAUUUACAAAUGUUCUUUCCUCAUGUGCUGCAAUUGAAGCCUUAGAUAUUGGUAGGAAGGUUCACUCCUUUGUUCUGAAACUUGGGGUCUCCAGUGUCCUUCCUGUAGCCAAUUCCUUACUUAAUAUGUAUGCAAAGUCAGGAGAUUCAAUCACAGCAAAGGUUAUUUUUGACAGGAUGAGUCUGAAAAACACAUCUAGUUGGAAUAAUUUGAUUUCAAUGUAUAUACAAUUUGGUCGACUUGACCUUGCUAUUUCUCUUUUUGAGCAAAUGACUGAGCGUGAUGUUGUGUCCUGGAAUUCAGUCAUCUCUGGAUACAAUCGAUGGGGUUUUGACAUAGAAGCUCUUGAAACCUUCUCUUAUAUGAUCAAGAGUUCUGCCUUGAAGCCAGAUAAUUUCACUUUGUCUAGUAUAUUAUCAGCUUGUGCCAAUCUUGAAAACUUGAAAUUUGGAAAGCAAAUCCAUGCACAUAUAAUAAGAAAUGAUAUGCAUGUCACUGAGAUGGUGAUAAAUGCGUUAAUCUCAAUGUAUGCAAAAUCAGGUGGCAUUGAAUUUUCUCAAAGAAUUGUUGAAUUAACUAGUACUUCGAGGAUCAACGUUAUAGCUUUUACAUCCUUAUUGGAUGGCUAUGUCAAAAUUGGGGAUGUAAAGCCAGCGAGAGAGAUAUUUGAUUCUAUGAAAGGCCUUGAUGUAGUUGCAUGGACAGCUAUGAUCGUUGGCUAUGUGCAGAACGGCUUAAUAAGCAAUGCUUUAGAGCUCUUCAGAUCAAUGAUUGGCGAAGGUCCGAAGCCAAACAGCUAUACUGUUGCUGCCAUAUUAAGUGUUAUUUCGAGCUUGGCUUCGCUGGAUCUUGGUAAGCAAGUUCAUGCCACUACCAUAAGAUCAGGUGAAGCAUCAUCAAUUUCUGUUGGUAAUGCUUUGAUUACCAUGUAUUCAAGAGCAGGAAGUGUGAAAGAUGCAAGGCAAGUGUUUAAACAAAUAUGCUGCAACAGGGAUACGGUGUCGUGGACUUCCAUGAUUAUAGCUCUAGCUCAGCAUGGUCUUGGAAAAGAGGCCAUAGAACUGUUUGAAAAAAUGGUGAAAUUUAAUAUAAAGCCCGAUCACAUCACUUUUGUUGGUGUGCUAUCUGCCUGCACACAUGUGGGUUUGGUGGAACAAGGUAAGGGCUAUUUUAAUUUGAUGAAAACCAUUCAUCAUAUUGAGCCCACCCAUAGCCAUUAUGCAUGCAUGGUUGACCUCUUAGGACGUGCUGGAUUGCUUGAAGAAGCCUAUAAUUUUAUUAAAAAUAUGCCUAUUGAACCCGAUCAUAUAGCUUGGGGUUCUCUUUUGGCUUCAUGCAGGGUUCAUAAAAAAGUGGAUUUGGCUAAAGUGGCAGCUGAAAAGUUGCUUCUUAUUGAUCCUAACAAUAGUGGGGCUUACGCAGCGCUUGCUAAUACAUUUUCAGCCUCUGGGAAGUGGCAAGAAGCUGCAAAAGUUAGAAAGUCAAUGAAGGAUAAUGCAGUGAAAAAAGAACAAGGGUUUAGUUGGGUACAAAUCCAGAACAAAGUCCAUGUCUUUGGGGUUGAAGAUGGGCUUCACCCACAGAAAGAUGCUAUCUACAACAUGAUUUCAAAAAUAUGGGAGGAGAUAAAGAAAAUGGGCUUCACUCCGGAUACUGAUUCUGUGUUACAUGAUCUUGAGCAAGAGGUCAAGGAACAGAUCCUUAGACAUCAUAGUGAAAAACUUGCUAUUGCAUUUGCAUUAAUAAAUACUCCAGAGAACACUACACUGAGGAUCAUGAAGAAUCUUAGAGUUUGUAGUGAUUGCCAUUCUGCCAUAAAAUAUAUAUCUAGGCUUGUAUCCAGAGAGAUUAUAGUAAGAGAUGCUACCCGUUUUCACCAUUUCAAGGAUGGUUCUUGUUCAUGUCUGGAUUAUUGGUAGAGGAAAUGGCGAAAUUUUCAAGUUGAAUGUGACGGCAAGAUUCAUCAAAGAUAUAGUGCUUACGUAAAAGAAAUAACUUUGACAAGAACUUUAUAUAGUUCCUUGUGCUUUGAGAUUCAAUGUAAUUUGCUGAUGAAAUCUCAUUUAACCA